CUUGACUGCUUCAUCAAAACAAUAAUGAGAGUAACAAAUUUUAGAUAAAUUGCAUCAAACUAAAAUAUAAGAUUAAUGAUAUCAGGUGUUACAAAUCUAAAUGAUGUAAAUAAUAACAUUGUCAUAAAUGUAUGUUAAAAAAAUAAAUAUAAUAUUCACUUUACUGAACCAAUAAUUAGGAGUGACAAACGCGUUAAAUGCAGCUCCUAUAACUACAACUUGUACAAAAGCUUCUUCAUAUUCAGAAAAUAAGAUAUGAUAUUUAAUUGAUAUCAACAUAACUUCUUUGUUUGACAACAGCAAUGUCUACAGGGUUUUACAUUCUGAUAUGGUUACCAGAAUCUGAUAUUCGAAUCAUUAAAAAAGAUAACUUAUGCAUUUAGCUUCUUAAUAAUAAAAUAUUUUGGCUUGGAAAUAGUUUAGAAUGAUUAAUUGAACAGUCUAACUACUUUUGUUUCUGCUGAAUUUUAAUCCCUAGUUAAUAAUAUGAGAAAGGAUUUGUUGAUGACAUCUAUUCAUUUACGUUCACCCCUCUAGCUGAAAUUCCUCAGGGAUCAACAAUUGUGAUGGAAUUUCUAUCUUUCUAUGAUUUUCUAAAUGCCAUCACAUGCAUUUUUCUAGAAAGAUCUAUAAGAUAAAGAAAAUCUUGAAUCCUAUUGAAAAAAAAAUAAAGUGAUUUCUUUUAUAUUAGAA